AGUUGUGUGAAUUAUCGAUAAUAUCGAUAGUAUGCGAACUCUAUUUCUAAUGUAAAUAGCGUUAAGUUUGCUUGUUGCAUUGAUGAAUUAACAUACGUGUUUGUUAAAAGUAUGGCUUACAGUUUUCAAUCCUCGGUGCCUGAUCAACAAUUCUUGUGGGAUGUAUUCCAAAGGGUCGACAAAGAUCGUAGCGGCCAUAUAUCUGCUGAUGAGCUGCAAAUAGCUCUUUCCAAUGGUACAUGGAGCCCAUUUAAUCCAGAAACAGUCCGUUUAAUGAUAGGUAUGUUUGACCGCGAAAAUCGUGGAACGGUUUCAUUCCAGGAUUUCGGGGCUCUAUGGAAAUAUGUUACUGACUGGCAGAACUGUUUUCGAUCUUUCGACCGGGACAAUUCAGGAAAUAUAGAUAAAGAGGAACUUAAAACUGCACUGUCUUCGUUUGGAUAUCGUUUAUCAGACAAUCUUGUAGAUAUUCUCAUUCGUAAAUUUGACCGCUUUGGAAGAGGAACAAUACUGUUCGAUGAUUUCAUACAAUGCUGUAUAGUCCUAUACACUCUUACAUCGGCAUUCAGGCAGCAUGAUUCGGACAUGGAUGGCGUUAUUACUAUACAUUACGAACAAUUUCUCAGUAUGUUAACCCUUGAAGCAUCUCGUCGGAUUUUUGUUCUUGCUGCUUGAGAAACCGUUUUCCAAAUCCACUAGGUUUUCAAUGCCGUGAAAUUUGUAAAUAGUCUGUUAAACUCAUCUGACAGUAGAUUUGUGAAACAUGAUAUUUGGGUAGUGUUGGCUCAAAGAGAGAGAUGUUUUCGAUGAAUGACGUCAUCGGUGGUUAAAGUCGCAAAAAAUAAAGUAGCUGUUUUCGAAAGGUGCCACAUUCCGGGUCUGUCUACCAUCGUUUAUCUCCAUUACGGCUUAAAGUAG